AUGGCGACCUGGACCGUCCUGCCCGGGAGCAAGAACGCGCUGCCCGGAUUCACCGACCCAGCACCGGGCGUCGACAAAAAGCUGCGCGUGGAAUUGUUCGUGGAUGGCAACCCCGUGGAGCACACCCUCGGGGAAUACGCCCCGCUUGCCGUCGCCUCCCAGUUUUACCUGGAGGGAGAUAAGCGCGAUCGGUUGCAGAAGACCACCUACUUCGAAGAGGAGGAACUCCAGAUGCUCUACGAGGGAUUUCUGGCAGCUGCCUGGCCCCACAAGGAGCUGUCGUCGCAGCAGUUCGUAGAUCUGUUCCCGCAGUUUGGCGACGCCAAGGUUCUGGUCUCGCUGUUUUCCUGCAUGGACGCCGACACCAACACGAGCGUCGACUUUGCCGAGUAUUGCCGCGCCCUUUCCAUCAUUGCUCGAGGCAGCCUCGACGAAAAGAUCGACCUGGCCUUUUCCAUUUUGGACCUGGACAAGAAUGGGCUCGUCGAAAGGGACGAGGUCAUGCUCACCGCGCAGCACAUGAGCGAGACCAUGGUUCGCUUGGGAUACGACGAAGAGAGCUUCGGUCAGGCCGAGGCGUUGGUCAACCUGCUCUUCCAGCGAUCUCGCGCGUCCACGCUAUCCUCCAGCAGGCAGGACCUUGACGGCAAGGGCAAGGCUGUCAGCCGUGCCAAGGACCACAAGGCCAAGACCGCCCCGCGCUCUCAGGAGCCCUUGCCCGCCGCUGAUGGGGCUGGGCUGGCGACGUCUGCGUUGGGGGCGGCACUCGAGGUGCAAGGGGAAGAGCUCGAAGAAGACACCACCGAGAUCGAGGAGAAGGACGACGCCACGCUCUAUUGGAACGCCCUCAAUCGGGAGAUGUUCAAGGAGCGUGCUCGCAACGAGCCCGACCUUGCCCAGUGCUUUGGCAUGUUCGAUUUCUUCCGCGACGAGAUUCUCUCGCCCAUCCAGAACCUCCUGGGCGAGACCAAGGAGAUGGAGAUCAGCGGGUGGCUCGACAAGGACAAGGGUGAUGGUGCCCUGUACCAGGCAGUUUCCCUCCUCACGUCGGAUCGGCGCUGGUUCGUCAUCCAAAACGGCUUCCUCUCGUACCACAAAUCCAACAAAGAGCUGGACAAGCCCCUCAACGUGAUUGCGCUCCGAUCUGCCAGCGUCCGGGCCGGUCCCUCUCCUGCGAAUUGGUUCAUGUUGCAGACGCCCUCCUUCUGUCGCCAUCUCUUUGCCGAGACCAGAGACGACAUGAAGCGCUGGGUCAACAUCAUCCGCAACAACAUCAAAAACGAAAACCGCUUCAAGUCGUUUGCGCCCAUUCGGGAGGGCAUCAACACCAGGUACGCCCCAUCCCGGGGCGAUUGGUGGAUGUAA